AUGGGAAAGAAAAAUAAAAAAAGUAAAGAAAAGCAAGAAAAACUAAAGCAGAAAAAAGAGAAGCAAAAGCUUAAGUCCUUGAAAUCCAAAAAAAAAAAAAACAAUAAUGACAUCAAUGAUGCAUUAAGUGAUGCAGAUUUUGAAACUAUAUGUUUGUAUUACGAAAAUUUAAACAAAAAGGAUAAGUAUGGACACAUAAAUGUGAAUACUACAACCAACAACACAUUUGUAGAAUGUGACAAACCGAGCCCCAGAUCAAACUCUUCUGUAACUUUUAUUAAUGAAGAAGAAUUUCUUUUAUUUGGUGGUGAGUACAAUGAUAACAAUGAAUUAAUAGCAUAUAAUGAUUUAUUUAAGUAUAAUAUAGUUAAAGAUAAAUGGAAAUAUUAUUACACAACUAGUAAAAAACCCAAACCUAGGUGUUCACAUCAAGCUGUUUAUUUCAAUAAAAAGUUAUACAUUUUUGGAGGCGAAUUAUGUACCAACACACAAUUUUUUCAUUACAGUGAUUUUUGGUCAUUUGAUUUAAAAAAUAACUCCUUUGAAGAAAUAGAAUGUAAAAACAAAAGAGAUGAAAAACCUUCCCCGAGGAGCGGACAUCGAAUGAUUUUAUGGAAAAGCUGUAUAAUUAUGUUUGGAGGUUUUUUUGAUAACGGAAGGUCAGUAGAAUAUUUUAACGAUUUAUAUAUGUACAUUAUCAGUAGCAAUAAAUGGGUAAAUCUAACAAAUAUAUAUUUAAAUUCUUUGUUUAAGAGAUUGACACAAGGUGAUGGAGAAAAUAAUAGUAACUCCUCUUUAUACACAAAAAAUGAAAAAAAAAAAAACAAGAACGAAAUAGGUUUAUCCCCAAAUGUGAAAAACACAUUUUUUAAAAAUUUCGAUUUAGAUUCUUACAUGCCAUCUAAGAGAUCUAGUGUUAGUCUGUUCACAGAUAUGAAAUUUCAGAAAGUGUAUAUAUAUGGUGGUUAUGCGCAGAUAAAAAAUACAGCAAGAAAUGCAAUCGGUAUUUAUUACAGUGACAUGUGGAUAAUAAAUAUAAACUAUUUAGGAGAAGAUAACAUUUCAGUCAAUUUUAAAAAAUUAAAAAAAAGUAUUUUUCAACCCUCCAAGAGAAUUGGCUUCAGCACAUGCAUUUACAAAAAUUCGUUAAUAUUAUUUGGAGGCGUUUUUGACAAAGUGGAAAAAAAUAAUUUGAAUAAUAUAACAACACAGAGUAGUAGUACGCACAAUGGAGACAAAAAUACUAACAAAAAUGGCAUCUCCCUAGAGGAAUCUCUAAACAUGCAAUCCAUCUUUUUUAACGAUUUAUACUCAUUCGACAUGAACAAAGAGCACUGGUCCUACCUUAUCCUGAAGUGCACUACUCACCCGAAAGAGAUAAAUAAAAACAGUGGGGAAAAUAAAAAAAAUAAAAGUGAAGAACUCAAAUCGAGUGAAACCCAUUCAAGGGAUAGCGACAACAAAAACUACAAAAAUGGUGGGCAUAACGAUAAGCAUUUCCUACCAGAGGAAGGAGAACCUUUUUCCAAAAAUAAAAAAGCCAUAUUUGGCACAUCGAAGGAUAUCUUAUCGGAUAGCCACGAUUCCAGCGAUUUCAGUGACAACAAUAAUGAUGACGAGUACUACUCAAGUGUGUUUGUCUAUUUUGAUGAAAAUGGGAAUAAGAAAACUAUGAAGAUAAAUAGGGAAGAUGAAGAAGGAGAGCAAGGAAAGGGUAUGGAAGAAAGGGAGGGAAAUAAAAAAAGAUGUGAAAUCCACAGUGAGAAAAAAGAAUUUCAGGAGAAUUUUCAAAACGGAGAUAACCAUUUGCCGAAUGUGAAGGAAGAAACGUGCUCUACCACAGUAAACAAAGUAAUUGACACACACCCCAUUUUUAUACAGUCCCAAGAAUCAACACAUUCGAACCUCGUAAAAUUAGUGGAUAACUUAAAAAAUGUAAAGAACUUGAGUAAAUCUUGCACGCUUAACGAUGAUAAAAAUGGUGACAAAACUGUUAAGGAAAAAGGAGCACCGAAUGGUUGUGUAGGGAGAAACGACAAUAAUCAUUCGAUAGCAGAGGGGGAGUAUACCAUAGCAGAGGAGAAGCAUACCAUAUUACAGGGGGAGCUUCCCAUAGAACAAAAAGAAGAUGCCAUAAUACAUAUAGAUGGCUUAACCGAUUCAGACUCAGAAAGCAACAGGGAAGACAAAAAAGUGAAGUUCGUAAUAAAUGAUGGGGAACCAAUUGGGAGAAUCAAUAGCCAUAUAUUCGUAUUAAACAAAAUGUUACAUCUAUUUGGUGGUAUGUAUGAAUAUAAGAAUAACGAAAUUAUGCUGAGUGAUCAUUGGAAAAUUAAUAUUUUUAAAAGAGAAAAAUGGGAGUUAGUACAUAAAGGAAAUCUGGAUGAUAUAUAUGUAGACGAAACUGAUUUGAGUUCUUCAUUGUCUAUAGAUGAUGAAGAUAAAGAUGAAAAGGAAAUAGAAAAUUUAAUAAUUUCUAAUAAAAUUAAAAAAAUAGAAAAUAAAAUAAAGUCCGAAAGUAUUGGGUUUAAUUUUGAUGCCAAUGAAAAUUUAAAUGAAUUCUUUUUGAGAACAAAACAACAUUGGUUGAGACAGCUAAAUGUUGUAACUGAAAAUAAAAAAAAUAGAAAAGAUGCUUUUAUUUUGUGUGAGCAAAAAUAUCAAGCGCUAAAAAAAUAUCAUAAUAAAAUUCAGAAAUAUAGAGAAUUACUAUUAUUAGACGAAUACGAAUCGAGCAUAACAAAUGGGAGCUCAAGUGAUAAUGCCGAGGAAUUCUCUAGCUAG